GCGCCGCACGGAGCGCACAUGGCGCACGGUCCCUUAGCGGGCCCCGCGCUGCAGGACUACGUGUCCCGUCAUGCACCGCGGCGGAGCGCCGGGACCGGCCGAGGCGGGAACCGGGACCGGGGCCGGGACCGGGACCAGGAGCAGGAGGAGGACCGAGACCGGGAUCAGGAGCGGGGCCGGGAUCGGUUCGUGCGUGGCGGGGGCUCGCGGGAGCGGCUCCGGAAGGAAGGAGGCUCCGUCCCGGCUCCGGGGGGUCCCGGAUGGCUCCGGUUAAAAUCAGCUUUGUGGUGUCCUUCUCCUCACAGCCGCCGGGCUCCCGGCUGGGGUCUCGGCUGUGCCACCACGUCUGUGCCCUCGCAGCAGGACCCCAAAUUCCCGGCAGAGAACCUGCUCCGUGCGGACGCCCCCCGGCCCUGGCUGGGCUGCCCGCAGGACCGCAGCCGGCAGCUCCGCGUGGAGCUGCAGCUGGAGCGCGCCAUUCCCAUCGGAUACGUGGAUGUUGGGAACUGCGGCUGCGCCUUCCUGCAGCUCGAGGUGGGACGCUCGUCGUGGCCGCGGGACCGGCCCUACCUCCCGCUGGUGCCCAGCGUGGCGCUGAUGACCCCGGCGGAGGCCAGGCUGGAGCAGAACCGCUGCGGGGUCCGCAUGUUUAAGGAAGCCGACUUCCCGGCGCCGGCGCUGGGGCAGAGGUGGGACCGGCUGCGCCUGACGCUGAGCCAGCCCUUCAGCAGGCACAGCCAGUUCGGGCUCUCCUUCAUCCGCGUGCGCACGCCGCUGGACCCCCCGCGCCCCCCACAGCGCCCGGUGGGUGCCUCCUGCCCCGAGGCAGCGGUGAUGGGCUCCUCCGCCACCGCCCGAGCACCGGGGAGCGCCCCUGAGGGCGCCCAUCCCAGCUCCCUGCGUUCCGAGCCCAUGGACAGCCCUUGGAGCUCCAGCCCUGCCUUGUCCCGGAGCCUCUUUCCAGCACCCUGCUCCCGGGGCUGGGGGCACCUCGAGGUGCUGCCUCCGAGCCCCUGCUCCCGAUCUCCUGCCCAGGAGCCGCAGGGAGGAGGAGGAGGAGGAGGAGCUGAGGCUGAAGCGGCGCCUGUCCCAGCUGGAGCCCUCCUGCCUCAGCCGCCCGGCGCGGAUGCUGCUCUCGGCGGCGCGGAGCCGGGCGCUGAGGUCCAGAACCAGCCCCAGGGGGGACCCGGCGCUGCUGGAGGGGGGUCCCGGAGGAGCCGCGGCGCCCGGCUCUGCCGAGGGUGUCCCCACCAGAGCCCCCAGGGACAGCAGGCGGGGAGCUCCCAGCAGGUCCCUGCCAGGCCCCCCCAGGGCAGGAGCCCGGCCCAGAGCCCGCAGGCAGCGAGUGGGGCACAGCAGGACAGGGGGCAGCAAAGGGGGCAGCGGCCACAGGGAGACGGGCGUCUGCCCCAUCUGCUCCGCCUGCUUCAGCCUGGAGCUGCUCCCCACACACGCCUCGGGCUGUGGGGAGGAUGCUGACGGAGCCCGGCCUUCCUCCACGGUGACAGGGGCCCCCUGGGUGUCCUGCCCCAUCUGCGACCUGCCCUUCAGCGCCCAGGAGGUGCAGCUGCACGCCAGCACGUGUGGGGAGCCCGCGGGGACAUGGGGCAGCCCGGCCUCACCCUCAUCACCCAGCCCCACAGGGCUGUGAGGAUGGGGGGACACGGAGCCGUGUCGUGGUACCCAGGGGCUGGAGCUGCCGCACGUGGGAGCAGCGCAGGAUGUGGGGCAGGGGAGGAGCUCGGCACCCCCAGAAAGGGGGCUGGAGGCUGGUGUGGGGCUGGAGCUGGUGUGUGGAGCGCCCCAAGGCUUGGGGGGUGCCCCACGGGAUGGGUUUUAACUGGAGAGGAAUAAAGGAGAGAAGUGGA